ACCAACUGCAAACAUAAGGAAUACUUCCAAAACUCACAGACCGCAUUCAAAUACAACCCACCAUCUUGUCUUUUCAAAUGAACUGAAAGAACUGUCUUAAAUUCUUUUGCUUCAGUUCUCGUUGCUUAGGGAAAUAUAAAUAUCCCAUUUUGAUUUCUUAAUGAAAUUCGUUCCUUUAAGCUGUUGAAAACCCCAAAGGCAUAAGCUUUAUUACAGCAGCUUCAACUUCCAGCAAUGGUAGCAGAAACUUGGAUACUUAAAAUUGGGAACCAGGUAAGUUCCAAUCUCAAACAUGCCCUUCUACUCGAACCUUCUUCUAAAAAAAAGAAAAACACCCAACACAACCAAACAUCCAAAAAACCUCAAACUGUUGGAAUCUUGUCUUUUGAAGUAGCCAAUGUCAUGUCCAAAACUGUUCACUUCCAUAAAUCCUUGUCUGAACCCGAGAUCUCGAAGCUCAAAUCCGAGAUCUUAAAAUCCCAAGGCAUUUCAAAUUUAGUUUCAGCCGAUGAAAGUUAUCUUCUUUCACUUGCUUUAGCUGAAAAGCUAGAUGAAUUAACCAAGGUUGCCAAUGUUGUGUCUAGACUAGGCAAGAAAUGUAAUGAACCAGCUUUGCAAGGUUUCGAACAUGUUUUUGGGGAUAUCUUGAAUGGGGUUAUUGAUGUUAGGGAAUUAGGACUUUUAGUUAAAGAUAUGGAAGGGAUGGUUAGGAAAUUAGAAAGGUAUGUUAAUUUGACUGCUAAGUUGUAUAAUGAAAUGGAGGUUUUGAAUGAAUUAGAACAUGGUACUAAGAAGUUUCAAGCUAACCCACAUGAGGAAAGUAAGAGAGCUUUUGAACAAAAAUUGAUUUGGCAAAGACAAGAUGUUAGGCAUCUUAAGGAUGUUUCGCUUUGGAACCAAACAUUUGAUAAGGUUGUUGAAUUGUUGGCUAGGACUGUUUGUACUAUUUUUGCUAGGAUUCUUGUUGUGUUUGGGGAAUCUGCUUUGGGAAAAGAUGGGGUUUCCGGGAGGGUUAAUGGACGGUUUUCCGAUCGAGUCGAAGUUGUUUCUAGGCAGUUGAAAGGGGUUCUUAGUAAGAGUAGUAGUGUUGGGAGUAGUCAACUUGGGAAUGUAGAGAGAAGUGUGGCGGAGAAAAGGGGAGUGAGUUUGAAGCAUCGAGGGAUCGAUUCACGGAAGGGUGAAAUCAGGUUGUUUCGGAUGGAGGAUUCCGGUUUUCCUUGUGGGACUAGUCCCGGGAGACUUUUGAGCAAUUGUCUUAGUUUGGGUAGUUCAGCUUCGAGGUACGAUGAUGGUGAUGAUCGGAUCGUUGAUCAUGAUGAUCGAAGUAGUCAGAUUUCGGGUUGUUGUAGUGUUGCGAAUGAUGGGGUGAAGAGAGAGCGGCCGAAUCGUUCUCCUCCCUUUUGUUUGCCUCGACUAAAUGAUCGUUUGAAUGGUGAUCACAGGCAAUCAAGUUGUGGAGUGUUGAGUAAUGCACAAUUUGGUCCUAAAAGUAGGUUAGCUCUAUAUGCUUCACCCUCCACCGUGGGAGGUUCGGCUCUUGCCUUGCAUUAUGCUAAUGUAAUAAUUGUGAUCGAGAAAUUACUGCACUACCCUCAUUUGGUCGGCGAAGAAGCUCGAGACGAUUUGUAUCAAAUGUUGCCAACAAGUUUGAGACUGUCUCUAAGGAAUAAUCUCAAGUCCUAUGUCAAGAAUUUGGCAAUAUAUGAUGCUCCAUUGGCUCACGAUUGGAAAGAAACUCUUGAUGGGAUAUUAAGUUGGCUUGCCCCACUGGCACAUAACAUGAUCCGGUGGCAAAGCGAGCGGAAUUUCGAGCAGCAGCAAAUUGUUGCUCGGACUAAUGUUCUUCUUCUCCAGACAUUGUAUUUUGCUGAUAGGGAAAAGACUGAAGCAGCCAUCUGUGAGCUUCUUGUUGGGUUGAAUUACAUAUGUCGGUAUGAGCAUCAACAAAACGCGUUGUUGGAUUGUGCAAGCAGUUUCGAUUUCGAGGACUGUGUGGAGUGGCAAUUGCAAUGUGAAAAUUCUUAUCUUAAUUAGUUUACAUUGUUCAAAUUAUCAAUACAUGUAGAGGCAUGUAGGGUACUUUUUUGUGAUCCUUAUAGUCAUGAGAAAAGACGGAUGAAGGUUCAACAAGAUACUUACACAACAAAAAGGCGCUCGUAACCGAAGCCUGAAGUUGAUUAAUGCAUUUACUUUCGAAGGUACGGGAUGUCUUUUCUUUCCAAAUUACGAAAAUUUCGAUUAAUUUAGAAAGAAAAGAAGUAUUUCCCUCCUCUGUGAGUUGUGUACAUGUUUUUCCUGUUCAUUUUUACUAGUUUCUUAAGGCUACCUGUGCCUUUGUUAUAUUGUAGGUCGAUAAUGCAGUGAUUUACAAUUCUUUUCGAUUGUACUUGGGUAUAUUGAUGCAUUCCCCAUUGUGACGACUAAUGGUGUAUUACUAAUGUUUUUAGUCGAUAUUAGAUAUUUCCUCUGUA